AUGGCAGUUUGGAAUCAUACAGGUGUGAAGGAAUUCCUUCUGAUAGGUUUAACUGAAAAUCCUAAUUUGCAGAUCCCUCUUUUUGUGCUUUUUACUCUUAUUUAUUUCAUCACACUGGUUGGUAACUGGGGGAUGAUCAUCUUAAUCUGGUUAAAUUCCCAACUUCACACUCCAAUGUACUUCUUCCUUAGCAACCUCUCUUUUUGUGACAUAUGUUACUCCACUGUCAUUGCUCCUAAGAUGUUGGUAAAUUUUCUAUCAGAAUAUAGAUCUAGCACAUUUUCUGUCUGUGUUUUACAGAGUUUCUUUUUUGCAGUGUAUGUAACCACAGAGGUCAUCCUCCUAGCUAUGAUGGCUUAUGACCGCUAUGUGGCAAUUGCUAAUCCCUUGUUGUAUACAGUCAUUAUGACCCAAAGGGUCUGUAUUCAGCUGGUCCUUACAUCUUACUUGGGUGGGCUUAUUAAUUCCAUGACACACACAAUUGGUUUGCUUAAACUAGACUUUUGUGGUCCUAACAUUGUAAAUCAUUAUUUCUGUGACGUUCCCCCUCUUCUGAGGCUCUCUUGCUCUGAUGUUCACACCAAUGAGAUGCUGCUUUUGAUCUUCUCUGGAGUCAUUGUAAUGUUCACGUUCAUUAUCAUCAUGGUCUCUUACAUCUGCAUUAUCAUUGCUAUUCAAAGAAUCCGUUCAGCUGAGGGGAGGUGCAAAGCCUUCUCCACCUGUGCCUCCCACCUGACUGCUGUGACAUUACUCUAUGGGUCUGUGACCUUUAGUUACAUCCAGCCAAGCUCCCAAUAUUCCCUGGAACAGGAGAAGGUGUCUGCUGUCUUUUACACACUGGUGAUCCCCAUGCUAAACCCGCUUAUUUAUAGCCUGAGGAAUAAGGAUGUGAAAGAUGCAGCGAAAAGGACAAUAUGGUGGAAGAGAACCCUCACUUGA